AUUCUAAUUUCAAAUAAUUUGACUAGAAAAAUAUAAAUGUGAAACGUCAUCACAAUUAAAAAUGCCUAUGGAAGCAAAAAACGAUAUGUGGUAAAUGUUUUCAUAAAAAAAUAUAUUAAAAAUAAGCAAAAAAAAGGACAAAAUAAAAAAUAAACAAGUUGUUUUCAUGUAACGUAAAUGAAGUAUUCUUGCUCAUAUUAGCGUUGGUUGAGUCUACAUAGAACAAAAAGUGAAUAAUCAUGCCAACCGAGGCGAAGAAGAACGUGCCUGGUGGAGGUGAUGCUCCUCAGAAGGACAAGAAGGGUACCACGAAAGGAGUCCGGGAGGAGUUCCUAGAGGUAGAAGAAGUCCAAAAAUCACCGUCUCAGAUCGCCAGGGAGGAGGCGGAAUAUAGGGCGCUGAUGCGCAAACGUCGGUUUAAACGACGCUGGCCCGAGAUUACCAAGGUGAAGAUCAACACCAGGCCGUGGUUUCCGCCGCCUCCUCCGCAAAGGCUGCCGACUAUUGAGAUAGAGCUUCCACCUCUUACGACACGCAAAUGGGUGCCCCCAUACAGGCGCAGGAGGCGCCGCCGUCCCAAACUGCUACGGAUACCCGCAGAGGAGAUGACCCAACCGUUGUACGAAUGCGCUAAACUAAAAAAGAUCUGGCAUAACUUCGUGCAAGUCGAACGGAAUAAGAUGAUGCUGCAGGGCUCGCUGGCGUGCAACACCAAGAGAUAUUCGUCUACCGCUUGCGGGUCCCAAACCGGGUGCAUAGCGGCGGUCUGCCGAGCAUUACUUGACGAAACCCCACCAGAUAAACUCUGUCGGCAUCAUGUGGACGAGGUGCUUCUGACUGGAGACAGCUACUACCACCAGUGCUUGCUGGCACUUAAGUGUUACAAAGGUAAACCACAACUCCAACUAAACCAGCUGCUAACCUCAUUCUACUUCCACGAUACCAAGUACACAGUCAAGAUGGUGGAGACCGAGCGAGGACUGCUCGCCAAACAUCCCGACAAUAUACAGGCUGAACCAGAUCUCAUGACGCUAAUGGAGAAGAAAUCAGGCAGCGCGUUUAUGUUCAUCCUAAGCAUCGGUGGAACUAAACACUUUCUGAUCUGGGGCGAGCCUGCGACUCCACAGCGAUCCAUUUGUUACAUUUUUGACCCUCAUAUGUUGGAUUCUAAGGGACGGGCUGACAAUUUAUCUGGUGCAGCCGCGUUCCUCCGAUAUGCUGGUAUUACUUCCUUUGUCCUGGACUUCCUGUCCAACUAUGGUGACUUGGACGCGGCCAAAAAGGGCACUCCAAAACCUCCCAUCACUCUUACCACCAUUGAGGUGGUUCAAAGAGAGCCGUUACUCCGCCAGCCCGACUACGGUCUAGACCUCAAGGCUCUGAAGCUGCACUGUCGCAGCGAGUGGGAAAGCAUCAAUGUCAAUGCACUCAUCGAGAAGAAGAGGAAGGAGGGCAUGUACCCACAAGGAUCUCUGAGCGCGGUAAGCGUGGCCACGUCGAGGGCUACUGCUAAGAACAAAGUUAAAGAAUUCUACCAGAAGACGCCUAAAGAGCCCCCUCCCCAGGUGCCUGUGGCACCGGAGCGACCUCCCCCCGGGAUGACCACAGAGAACAUCAUGUCUUUGCGAGGGGAAGACUUCUUUCUCUACUGCCCCUCUGUUGAGGGACAUACUUAUGGCAGAGAUGACAUGCUCCCGCGGCCCAAGUCGGAGACACUCGUCCACAGUCCUGUGGACAUUGCAGACCAAAACUACCACUCGCAGUACCAUCAGCUCGACGUGGAGAAGUGGAUCUUGCGUGCCACCAGACACAUGGCCAGCUACAGGUACCAGACGUUCAAGUGGUACACGGGGCUGGCGUGCUGCCUGGCGGCGCUGGCAAUGUUGCGGCGCAUGCGCGCUCGCGCCUGGAACGAGGACACACUCGACGAGACGCUCGACCUUGGCUACAACAUAUACAGGGAAUCAGUGUUGGAGCGCGGCGGUCCCAUCCGCCAGCUGGUGCUCGGGGAACACAAGGAAACUUUCAGGAUACGAGACACCGAGUACAUGCAAAAGGUUCGUGGUGUGGCAGUGUGGGGCAAUUUGAUAUCUCCCAACCCUAAAGUUUUCGACCUAUGCAGAGGCAUCGAGGCUUUCUUCAAAGAGUCUGAUGCUGGUAUACUUCAGGUACCAGGUGAAUACGAGGUGGCCAUUUGGCACGAGGGUGGUAAAUACUACAUGUACCAUCCCUGGCCUGCUGAUAGAUACGGCUCCAAGGUUGGACUCCGCGAUGGCGGCAAGGCGUGUCUCGUUUACUUUACGCGUAUAUCUCGCCUGUGCGAUUACUUCCUGGACAACGCCAACGAGUUCAAACGGAAACCGUUCAGCAUCUCGGAAAUCAGCAUCACAGAGAGGAAGGAGAUGCCUGAACCCGUGAACCAGCUCAAGCCUGUAGCUCCAGGUCGGUGGGUGAUCCGCGGUCGCUUCCACGAGGGCGACGGCAGGUUUCCUGAGGAGCAUCGCAAUAAGCAAGCGACUGCUGUGUCCAUAGCCGCCAUUGCUAUGGCUCAUUUAGUGCCACCUGCGGAUUGGACUCCUGACGACAUUGAUGAGACUUUGAUCCGAGGUGACAUCUUAUACCAAAGCACGGUGGAACACCUCGAGCGAAUGGGUAUCAGCUUGGACUCGCCGAGGGAAGAAGAGGAAGGCGGGGAGGAAGAGGAAAGCAGUCCCUCGGGAGGGCUCGCUGCUGUUGACGUGCUAAAUCGGUUCAAGAUUACGGACUACGAUUGCAUAUCUACAGAAGUUUUGGACAGCGCAUACAACGGUGAUAUCAACGCCGCCCCAUCAUCAGGAGUGAUGUCCCUGAAGGACUCUCUGGCCGCGUUGUUCAGGGAGCACUCGGCGGGCGUGGUGACUGCACGCGGCGCUUCUCUCGCGGUGUUCAAACGGGACCAGUGUCUUUACAUGUUCGACCCUCAUGGAUGCGACGAGAAUGGUUACCCUUCCGAAGAGCCUCGCGCCGGUGCGUGCCUCAUCCGCGUGUCCGGAGGCCCGGCCCAGCUUGCAGGAUGUAUCUCUGCCAACCUCCCUCCCGCUGCGGACGACUCUUUCAACCUGUCCCCAGUGUCGCUGACUGCUACUAAACUGAAUGCAGCACUGGGAGCACCUGAGACUGAGCUGGAGAACAAAGCUUUCGAGUGGAUCUCUAAAGGCACCGCCGCCAUAUUGAUGGGUCCGCGAGGAGAGAACACUGCCAUCGGCAAAAUUGCAGAAAGAGCCGGCAUACCGGCUGACGAGGGUCACGGUCGGGAGAUCGCUCCUGCAGCAGCGGCCGCAUUCGCUGCAGCUGCUGCAUGUGUGCCGCCAUCUAAGAUGCACCGGGAUCAUGUCUAUUGCUUACUUGACGCUGGUGCCGAAUACUAUCUGAACCACGUAAAGAAAACCGGUCGGAAGGAGCUCCAACCUGAAGAUCUGACGGAGAAGUUCGAGAUGGGCGCGAACACUUUCUGGAUAGAACUUGCCGACCCCAUCAAACUGCCGCUGCGGCUGCCCGACGAACCGGCUGGGGAAGGUGGCGAAGAAGGUGGUGAAAAGGAAGAAUACGGUGAAGAGUUGGAAGAGGAAGAAAAAGAAGAACCGAUGAAACAAAUCAAAGACGCCCUUAACAGAAUGUGGCUCGACGAGACGAAGCCCUAUCACUUGGGUCUGCUGCUGGGCGAUUACCACCAGCUAGGCGUAUGGAUGAAACCUGGUGGGUCAGUGGUCGCGUAUGACCCUGCGCCUACUCUGGCCAGAGGCGUCCUCACGUCGCAGCGGAUCAAGAAGGGUGAUGAGUUACGUCUGCAGCGUAUCAAGGAUGAGAUGGCUGGUGAAGACGGUGGUGGUGGCGAGGAGGCCGCUGAUGAAGAAGCCGGGGCUGAGGGAGAGGAACAACCAGAGCCGGAACCGGAAUUCAUACCACCAGACUCUUCGGGGGCUCUCAUGGUUUUCGCCAGUCCCACGGAAUUCAUCGAUAAACUCACCAUGCAAGGUGGUCUAGACAGGAAGCAAUGCCUUGCUCCGUACAAACUGUAUCCUGUUAAUGUGAAGAACGAACUUACUUCUGUCAUGAAAGAGAAGAAGGGAUCGCCUGCCAAAGAAGAAGGCGAAGCCGAGGUUGAAGAUGAGGAAGAGGUUUUGGUGGAAGCCUUGGACGAAGCUGCCGUUGGCAACCACUUCAAUCGCAUAGGACGUACCACUGCUUCGGUACGAGGUAGAGUCGCUCAAGGAGAGAACUACUUCAUGGAACAAGCCAAUAGAGAUCGGCAGGACGCAGCGAACUCCAUAAUGGGUAUAGUGGUGGAGCACAUAGAGCCGUACAUAUACUGGAAGCCGCAGCUGAUCGACGCGAUCCUGAAGUACGGCGACCGCCUCCACACGCUGUCGCUGUCGCGCGCCGCCGACCCGCCGCACCUCACGCCCGCCGAGAUACAGCCCGAAUUCCACGUCACCAACUUUAAUGUGAGGUUGGAAGUGGAGGGAGACGCGGUGAUUGGAGACAUCAAAGCCGGUGAGACUGGCAGCGUGCUGAGCGUGAAGAGGGGAAUCAAGAGUUUCUUUGAAACGUACAAGCACGGCGUGUUCUGCUCUAAGAACUAUUGCGUUGGGAUCUGGAUGGCCGCGGAUGACAAAUCGUUCUGCUUGUGGGAACCUCAUUCCGUGGGUCCUGGGGGUAAGACGUCCCCCGGAGGCAGUGCUGCCGUCGUCCUGUUCUCCAACGUGGAUAACCUAGCCCAGGUCAUCAAGGAAAACAUUGAGGGCUUGGGCAGACCAGGUGUUAACAAGUUCUGCAUAUCGGCAGUGAAGGUGUUUUGGGAGUUCUCCAAAAUGUCGAAUGCGGUGACGGCGCAGGGUGCUGUACCUGACGAGGGAUAUGAAUGGAAAGUGCUUACGGCCUACGUGGAAAUGGCUCGAGGCAGGACUAUACUUAGGGGGACCAGACCGCCGGAUCCAGUCAAGUUCAGUCGUGAGGCGGCGCUGCAGUCGUCGUGCGGCGCGAUAGUGGGCGCGUGUGUCUCGCACGUUAGGAGACCACAUCUCUGGACCGCCAGGACUGUCGAUCAGGUUAUGACAGUGGCUGGGCAGCUGUUCUCAGCGUCGCUGGGAGCUCUUGGAUAUGAGUUCAGACCGGGUGAAGAUGUACUUCUACCUCUACAGGUCCUAAAGAGGUUCAUCUUGGGCGUGAACUACGUCCGCUACGAGCUGGAGUCUGUGUACUCCGGCAAGCUGGAGCAGAAGGAACCGUCGGACAUGACUGUUAGAUGUGCGCUGGAGCGUUUUUUCGAGUCACACACGCACGGCAUUCUGUGGUCGGUGCCGCUGGCGGUGGCGGUGUGGCGCUGUGCGGGCGCGCCGCCCUACUACAUGCUCGAGCCGCACGCCUGCGGACCCACGGGACUGCGCGCCGACGGACAGGUGCCGCACUCACCUUACUCUUACAUCCUGUGGUCGGUGCCGCUGGCGGUGGCGGUGUGGCGCUGUGCGGGCGCGCCGCCCUACUACAUGCUCGAGCCGCACGCCUGCGGACCCACGGGACUGCGCGCCGACGGACAGGUGCCGCACUCACCUUACUCUUACAUCCUGUGGUCGGUGCCGCUGGCGGUGGCGGUGUGGCGCUGUGCGGGCGCGCCGCCCUACUACAUGCUCGAGCCGCACGCCUGCGGACCCACGGGACUGCGCGCCGACGGACAGGUGCCGCACUCACCUUACUCUUACAUCCUGUGGUCGGUGCCGCUGGCGGUGGCGGUGUGGCGCUGUGCGGGCGCGCCGCCCUACUACAUGCUCGAGCCGCACGCCUGCGGACCCACGGGACUGCGCGCCGACGGACAGGUGCCGCACUCACCUUACUCUUACAUCCUGUGGUCGGUGCCGCUGGCGGUGGCGGUGUGGCGCUGUGCGGGCGCGCCGCCCUACUACAUGCUCGAGCCGCACGCCUGCGGACCCACGGGACUGCGCGCCGACGGACAGGUGCCGCACUCACCUUACUCUUACAUCCUGUGGUCGGUGCCGCUGGCGGUGGCGGUGUGGCGCUGUGCGGGCGCGCCGCCCUACUACAUGCUCGAGCCGCACGCCUGCGGACCCACGGGACUGCGCGCCGACGGACAGGUGCCGCACUCACCUUACUCUUACAUCCUGUGGUCGGUGCCGCUGGCGGUGGCGGUGUGGCGCUGUGCGGGCGCGCCGCCCUACUACAUGCUCGAGCCGCACGCCUGCGGACCCACGGGACUGCGCGCCGACGGACAGGUGCCGCACUCACCUUACUCUUACAUCCUGUGGUCGGUGCCGCUGGCGGUGGCGGUGUGGCGCUGUGCGGGCGCGCCGCCCUACUACAUGCUCGAGCCGCACGCCUGCGGACCCACGGGACUGCGCGCCGACGGACAGGUGCCGCACUCACCUUACUCUUACAUCCUGUGGUCGGUGCCGCUGGCGGUGGCGGUGUGGCGCUGUGCGGGCGCGCCGCCCUACUACAUGCUCGAGCCGCACGCCUGCGGACCCACGGGACUGCGCGCCGACGGACAGGUGCCGCACUCACCUUACUCUUACAUCCUGUGGUCGGUGCCGCUGGCGGUGGCGGUGUGGCGCUGUGCGGGCGCGCCGCCCUACUACAUGCUCGAGCCGCACGCCUGCGGACCCACGGGACUGCGCGCCGACGGACAGGUGCCGCACUCACCUUACUCUUACAUCCUGUGGUCGGUGCCGCUGGCGGUGGCGGUGUGGCGCUGUGCGGGCGCGCCGCCCUACUACAUGCUCGAGCCGCACGCCUGCGGACCCACGGGACUGCGCGCCGACGGACAGGUGCCGCACUCACCUUACUCUUACAUCCUGUGGUCGGUGCCGCUGGCGGUGGCGGUGUGGCGCUGUGCGGGCGCGCCGCCCUACUACAUGCUCGAGCCGCACGCCUGCGGACCCACGGGACUGCGCGCCGACGGACAGGUGCCGCACUCACCUUACUCUUACAUCCUGUGGUCGGUGCCGCUGGCGGUGGCGGUGUGGCGCUGUGCGGGCGCGCCGCCCUACUACAUGCUCGAGCCGCACGCCUGCGGACCCACGGGACUGCGCGCCGACGGACAGGUGCCGCACUCACCUUACUCUUACAUCCUGUGGUCGGUGCCGCUGGCGGUGGCGGUGUGGCGCUGUGCGGGCGCGCCGCCCUACUACAUGCUCGAGCCGCACGCCUGCGGACCCACGGGACUGCGCGCCGACGGACAGGUGCCGCACUCACCUUACUCUUACAUCCUGUGGUCGGUGCCGCUGGCGGUGGCGGUGUGGCGCUGUGCGGGCGCGCCGCCCUACUACAUGCUCGAGCCGCACGCCUGCGGACCCACGGGACUGCGCGCCGACGGACAGGUGCCGCACUCACCUUACUCUUACAUCCUGUGGUCGGUGCCGCUGGCGGUGGCGGUGUGGCGCUGUGCGGGCGCGCCGCCCUACUACAUGCUCGAGCCGCACGCCUGCGGACCCACGGGACUGCGCGCCGACGGACAGGAUGACGGCGCCGCUUGCGUGAUGACUUUUACAUCAUCAAAAUUAAUGGCGUAUGCGUACUUACAAAAUGUGCCAGUGACAGAACGUCCGAAACACGAUUUCCAACUGUACGCCAUAUCGGUGACGGUGCAGCCGAUCAAGAAGCUGGGCGGGGUGGAGCCGCCGCUGGUGCAGGCGCCGCCGGGGGUGAAGCUAGUGCCCGCCACUAGCAAGGUGGGUAUAGACGGCAGCAAGCGUCGCGCUUCGGAAGGAGACCGCAAGCAUCCGCCCGGCAGCGCCACCUGCCUCGACGCACAGCGAGCCUCCGAGAACAGGGACCGCGAGAUGAACAAGCCCAAAGGUCAGCGCAACACCAACGGUUGGCUGGUGAUGACGGACGGCACUCAGUACCUCUCCGCGCAGCACUCCAUCGCGUGCCGAAGGUUCCCGUACGCUUCGAGAGGUCACCAGGCUCUGGCGUGCUGCGUGAUGGCGGUGGCAAUGUCUCGCGUGGAAGACGUGUGCCGCUGGUGUUCCUCCACGCUGGACCAAAUCCUGGACAGCGGCGACCAGCUCCACCAGGACUCGUGCCUACACUUCAAGCCACGUUCCAACAUACUCACCAUUGAACAGGUGUUGCGCAAGUUCUACACACCUGGUAACUGCGUGUGUCGCGUGGUGGUGUUCCAAGCGAGACACAAAGGUAUCAUCGAUGAGGACCUGUUGCAGCAGUUGACAGAGUUCUUCCGCGAGGAGAAAUCUGGUGUUCUGGUAGCUGGAGACGGAACCUUCGCUGUGGCGCUGUUCAGGACGCCCAGAGGUUACUACAUGUUCGACCCGGCGGAUAGAGAUCGGUAUGGUAGAGCGGUGGCGCCACCCUGCAUCGGUAGAGCGAGGGCUUGCUUCUCGCAGUUUCCUAAUGUGCAAACUCUGGCGGAGAAGUUGUGUCCUAACGUGCCACCGAUGGUCAAGUAUACUGGAGAAAAUGACGAUAAAGCUAGUACAACGGGAAGUAAAUCUAAAGAGGACGCUGGCGGAGACAAAGGGGUGCAUUUCGAGGAGCCCGCCACGUUUUCGAUCUACGGCAUGGACGUGACGAGUCUGCGUAGACUGAACCAGCACGAGCGUUGAGACGCGCCGGAACUUUCACACUGGCGUUUAUUGCGCGCUGUUAUGUACCGUGAGAACGCCUUUGGACUUGUUAUGAUUAGAGUCGGAUUGCUGAUUGAUGUUUGCUUAAAAACAACUUCUUUGUCUCUUAUAUUUUAGUCAUUUACUGCUAUUUUAAGUUGAUUAUGGGUAUUAUACGUAAUGAAGGUUUAGACUACAAACUUCGUUUAUUAAAAAUGGUAUUUUUUUCAUUCAUUUGAUCUGUCGUUAAAUCCCACGUUAAGGGUUGCGUUAAUGAAACUCUAGUGUGAAAGGUCGUUUACAAAAUUUAGUUCUGUGAAUGUAUUGUAAUUAGUACCACAUUUCGUAACAAAAAAAAUGUAUAAAUAGAAAAUUUACAAUAAAAUAUAUUUUUUUAAA